GGAGAAAUCAAAAGAAAAGCAGCGUUUUUGCGUUCUCACAGCACUGCGAAAAGCAGCCACCAGAGAAAAAGCUCUGAGUUCGAACCAAAACAGCUACUUUUCGCUCCGGCGGUCGGGUUUGCAGCUCUUUUUCCGGCGAGGGGAUCAUCCAUGGGGCAGGAAUCGUUCAUAUACAGCUUCGUGGCGCGGGGCACGAUGGUACUGUCGGAGUACACGGAGUUCACCGGCAACUUCCCGGCGAUUGCGGCGCAGUGCUUGCAGAGGUUGCCUUCUUCCAACAACAAGUUAACUUACAAAUGUGAUCGCCAUAUUUUCAACUUCUUAGUUGAAGAUGGCUAUGCUUAUUGUGUUGUUGCAAAAGAAUCUGUCGGGAAACAGAUCUCCUUUGCAUUUUUGGAGCGGAUCAAAGCUGAUUUCAAGAAGAGAUACGGUGGUGGUAAAGCAGAUACAGCAGUUGCCAAAAGUCUGAACAAAGAAUUUGGGCCACUAUUGAAAGAACACAUGCAAUAUAUCAUCGAUCAUGCCGAUGAGAUCGAGAAAUUAUUAAAAGUUAAAGCCCAAGUUUCGGAAGUCAAAAGUGUUAUGCUGGAGAACAUAGACAAGACUAUUGAAAGAGGAGAAAACUUAACCAUUCUUAGCAACAAGGCUGAAGACCUUCGUGAUUCGGCGCAAGAAUUCAAGAAAAAAGGGACACAAAUCCGAAGAAAAAUGUGGUAUCAGAAUAUGAAGAUAAAGUUGGUUGUGCUCGGAAUCAUCCUCCUCUUGAUUCUCAUUAUCUGGCUCUCUGUUUGCCAUGGUUUUGACUGCACAAACUAGGACGUUGCUCAUCUCCGUUUGGACCGACAUACUAUGAUCCCGUAUUCAAGAAUGAUCCCCGUUUAUGCAAGGUAGUCAGAGAGCUUGAUUGAUGAGGUUCCGUUAUCAUUGACAGCAACUAUUUUCCUAGGAAAUUCAUGUUUGUUUUUCGUUUUCUGUCGUUGCAGUGGGGUUCUUUUCCAUUUUCUUGCUCAUGUGAUUGGUGUCACAGUCUGCUGUAAAAAUCUACAAUAGUUUUUCAUAUAUAUACAAGAAAAAGAUAGAAGAUGUUUGUACAAUUCCUGUCGCCUA